AUGGAUGGAGAAGAUUAUGGUGAUAAUAGUGGCUAUGGUUAUGGCGGUGGUCAAGGUGGUGGUUAUGGUGGUGGUUAUGGAAAGGGCAAAGAUGGGGGUCGUGGUAGUGGUAGUGGUAGUGGUGGUUCUGGUGGUUUUACUGAUGGUGGUUUUGGUUCUGGCUUUGUUUAUGGUGGUGGUAAGGACAAAGAUAAAAGUGGUGGCGGUGGUUUCGGAAAUAAUGCAGGAGAUGUUAAAGGCGGUGGUACAGACAAAGAAGCAAGAGGCUCAGGCGGUGAUAGUUAUGGUUUUGCUAAUGUGAUGGAUAAUUUUUCAGAUUUUGGACAACUUUUUGAGCGUUUUUGA